UGUAUUUGUGACUGAUCACACCAUGGCUGAGCAGGAGAUCCAGAAGAUUGGAGACAAACUCCUGUCCAUCAGGGGCUUCGUCUUUCCUGAAAGCAACAAGGAGAUUCUCACGCCGCAGUACAUGGACAGUCUGAAGACGUUCCAGAUCAGAGACGAUGAUGUGUAUGUCAUUACUUUUCCUAAAUCAGGUACGGUUUGGACUCAGCGCAUUGUGACGCUGCUGUAUGAGGAUGAUUUUCCAGAGGCUGUGGAUCAGACUUCAUACGACCGUAUGCCAUGGCUGGAGAUGUCCGAGAAGGGGCAGGACUAUACCACUCGCCGAUCCCCACGCCUAUUCUGCUCUCACCUCCCGGAGCGCCUCGUUCCUCAUGGCUUACAGGGGAAAGGAAAGAUCAUCUAUGUGAUGAGAAACCCCAAAGACAUCAUGGUGUCCUACUUCCACUUCUCUCACUACAUGAAGAUUUUAGAGAGUUCAGAGACGUAUAACGAGGCGAUGGAGAAAUUCUUCAUUGGGCGGAUGGUCGGUGGCUGCUGGUUUGAUCACAUUAAAGGCUGGUACACGAACAAGGACAAAUACAACAUCCUGUUCCUCAGAUACGAGGAGAUGAUCAGGGACCUAAGAGGUGCCGUGGUGAAGAUCUGUGAGUUUUUGGGGAAGAAUGUGUCGGAUGAGGUCAUCGACAGAGUGGUGGAGAAAACGAGCUUCAACAACAUGAAGAAAGACCCGAAAGCAAACUACGCAUCACUACCUGAUGAUGUUGUAGAUUCUGGGAAAGAUGGUUUUCUCCGCAAAGGUACAGUGGGAGACUGGAAGAACUCUCUGAAGGUGGCACAGAAUGAACACUUUGACCGUGUUUAUCAAGAACGAAUGAAAGACCUGCCACUGGACUUUGUUUGGGACAUCACUGAUCUACACACAUAACACACACACACACACACACACACACACACACACACACACACACACACACACACACACAGUAACCUUAAAUCAUGCAGGUACUCCCACUGGAAAUGAAAUAAAUAUAAAAGAUCAGAAUUUGAAGAAAUUAGAAUUUUUACAUGAAUGAUGUGAAUUUAUCUUUAUGUUUAGAUCCACAGAACAAAAUGUAUUUAAAUGUAUAUUUAUGAAAUUAUUGUGAUUUUCUCAAACACAGAAAACAAACACAAUCAUCA